CACCCACUUUAAAAAGUUUAGUUGGGAAGAAAGCAUGUCUUCAAAUUAAUGUAAUCUGUGGUGUUGUGUGUCCCCAGGAAAGUCACUUCACCCUGUUUGCUUCAGUUUCCUCAUCUUUAAAAUGAACUGAAGAAAGAAAUGGCAAAUCACCCUAGUAUCUUUGCCAAGAAGACCUCAAAUGGGGUCAUGAAAAGUCAGAUCCAUCUGAAAAUGACUUAAGGACAAAGUAUAUUACCUAGAACAAAGCAGGUGGCCAAUAAAUGUGCUGCUUGUUAACAUUCUUUUGCAGCUUAACACUGUCCAUCUUUCACAACACCUUUCUGAGUAUAUUAUGUAAGAGUUACACAAGCCCUUUAAAUUUGCUAAACUUUAAAGAACAGAAAUAUCAUUUCCAACUGGGAGAAUCGGAGAAAGUUUCAGGAAGGAGUUCUGGCAUUUGAAGUGAGUCCUGAAAGAUAGAUGGUUCAUUAGAGACAUCCUGAAUACAGAAUCACCCAGGUGGACUGAUACCAUCUCUUACCGCCAUGAACAUUUUGCUUAGAACACAGUGUUUCCAACUCCUGAAGAUCUCUACGGUGUCCGUGAGGGCAUUCCACAAAGACUACAGAUUAUCAGCCGCUCAGAACUUCUCAAACUAUGAAUCCAUUAAACGGGAUUUCAAAUUAGAGGUGCCAGAGUAUUUCAACUUUGCUAAAGAUGUGUUGGAUCACUGGGCCAAGAUGGAAAAGGUUGGAAAGAGACCAUCAAAUCCAGCCUUCUGGUGGAUAAAUGAUCAUGGAGAGGAGGUUAAAUGGAACUUUCAGGAGCUGGGAUCUUUGUCUAAAAAAUUUGCCAAUGUCCUUGCUGAAUCCUGUGGACUGCAAAAGGGAGACAGAAUAAUUGUAGUUUUACCUGCAAUUCCAGAAUGGUGGCUAGCAAAUGUGGCAUGUCUACGGACAGGCACUGUCUUAAUCCCUGGAACUAUCCAGCUGACUGAAAAGGACAUAUUAUAUAGGCUUCAAGCUUCCAAGGCUAAGUGCAUUAUUACCAAUGAUACCUUGGCUUUGACAGUGGAUUCCAUUGCCCAUCAUUGUGAAACUCUGAAGUACAAGUUACUUGUUUCUGAGAAGCCUCGGGAGGGGUGGGGGAAUCUCAAAGAAAUGAUGAAACAUGCAAGUGAUGACCAUAGCUGUGUGAUGACCAGACACAAUGAAACAAUGACCAUCUACUUUACUAGUGGGACCACUGGAUCUCCUAAAAUGACCGAACAUACGCACAGCAGUUAUGGCAUGGGAUUAUCAGUGAAUGGAAGGUAUUGGCUGGAUUUGACCCCUUCCGAUAUCAUGUGGAAUACAUCAGACACAGGCUGGGCAAAAUCAGCUUGGAGUAGUGUUUUUGCUCCAUGGAGUCAAGGAGCUUGUGUGUUUGUGCACUAUAUGCCACGUUUUGAGCCAGUCGCUAUAUUAAAAACCCUAUCCCGAUUUCCCAUUACAACCUUCUGUUCAGCUCCAACUGUCUAUCGGAUGCUUGUGCUAAAAUGGGAGCCUAGUUAUAAGUUCAAGAGUCUAAAGCACUGUGUGAGUGCAGGAGAGCCAAUCAACCCUGAAGUGAUGGACCAGUGGAAAAACAAGACAGGGCUGAACAUCUAUGAGGGCUAUGGACAGACAGAAACGGUGCUGAUCUGUGGAACUUUCAAAGGAAUGAAAAUUAAAUAUGGUUCAAUGGGAAAGCCUUCUCCAGCUUUUGAUGUUAAGGUUAUAGAUGAAAAUGGCAACAUCCUGCCUUCUAAACAAGAAGGAGCUAUUGGUAUCCGAGUCCGACCUAACCGACCACUUGGCUUAUUUGCUGGUUAUGUAGAUGAACCUUCCAGAACAGCUUCAGCUUUCUGUGGUGAUUUUUAUAAGACUGGGGACAGAGGGUAUAUGGAUGAAGAUGGAUACUUCUGGUUUAUUGCAAGAUCAGAUGAUGUUAUCAUAUCCUCUGGAUACCGAAUUGGUCCUUUUGAAGUAGAAAGUGCUCUGGCUGAGCACCCAGCAGUCCUGGAGUCAGGAGUGGUCAGCAGUCCAGAUCCAAUCAGAGGAGAGGUAGUAAAGGCCUUUGUUAUUCUCAAACCUGACUAUAAGUCAUAUGACCCAGAAAAAAUGAAAAAUGAACUGCAGGAACAUGUCAAAAGAACUACAGCACCAUACAAAUAUCCUAGAAAGGUGGAAUUUGUUCUUGAGUUGCCAAAGACCGUCAGUGGGAAGAUAAAAAGAAAUGAGUUACGGAAGAAAGAAUGGGAAAAAGUCUAGUUUUAUUUGAUUACAAAACAGUAAAAUCCAGGUAUUUUCUGCAACAUAGCAAACCCUAACCAUGAAAUAAAAAAAAUAACAUGACGCUUACAAAUUCAUGAUUUUAUAAGCAUCUUAUGGUAGUACUGUUACAAAGUAGAAUUCUGAAGUAAAACAAAACAUUGUAAUUGUU